CUAGAUGGAUAUCCAAAGGUGUUCAGUUCAUUCUGAGUUAGUGGGGAGGAACAGAAAAUGUUCACCUCUAAGAGACGGAAACCAGUGACUUGGAGGUAUUUCCUUGUCUAAUGACAAGUGCCUAUCAAAACUACACUGCUUAUUGAUUGUUUAAUAAUUUUUCUGAUCACUCCAAACUGCAAAUAACAUUCUUCACAUUGUAGCUGUUGUAUAUUUAACCAUUGGAUGUCUUAAAGCUUUAAAUGUUAUUAACACUGAACACCAAUAAUAUAUUGUUGGAUUCUGACUGUGAUCAGGUUCAUAUCUCUAAUAACCUUAUAACCAGACCUGACACCUGCCUGUGAAGCUUCACUUUACUACAGGAACUCUCACUCUGAUGCGUUAGUUUUGGACCAUUGACUGAACAAAGUUCAGAGGAGCAGCUGUGUUGUUGUUUACAUCUGCUCUCACACAUGCGCAGUCGCGUCACCGCCGCUCAGCCCUAUUCAAAGAUCGUCUGCUUACAACAGCAGGAGACGCUGUCUCUUUAACAUUUAGUGGACUACAGCAAUCGAGUUUUGUAGUUGGGGGCGGGGCAGAGUGAGAGCUCUUCCGGUGGACAAAAUUCAAAGACGCAAGUGGAGAAGGACAAAUGUUCAAAUCUUUGACACUGUUGAGCAGAGUGAGAGCUGCUGCAGCCUGUGUGCGGCACCACUCUUCUCUCACAGCUGAACUGAUGGAAAACAUGGAUAAGAAAGCAACCUGGGACCGUUUCUACACUGAGAACAACAGUCGGGCGCCCACCUUCAAGAACUUUGAGUGGUUCUUUGGCUUUGAGGCUGUGCGGGAUUUCAUAAUGCCCCUCUUGCAGCACAAGUGUGAUCCAGGUGCCUUGCUCCGUGUCCUGGACGUGGGCUGUGGCACCUCAGCACUUGGGCCUUGUAUUUACAGACACUCUGCUGUGCCGGUGCAGGUCACCUGUGCUGACAUUUCGCCCGUAGCUGUACGACUCAUGAAGGAGCACGUUGAAGCGAAAGCAAUUCAACCUCAGAAUGUUUCUUCUCAGCUGGAGUUUGUGGAGCUGGACUGCACACACCUUCUCAAGCACCUUGGUUCUGGCAGCGUGGACCUGAUCAUCGACAAGGGCACCAUAGACGCCUUGUUGAGGUCUAAGGAGGGGAAGGGGAAGGCCGGCCUGGUGCUGAGGCAGUGUUUGAAGGUGCUGCGGGGCUCGGGGUCUCUGCUCCAGUUCUCUGAUGAGGACCCUGAUGCCAGGCUGCUGUGGCUGGAGACGGAGGCCCAGGAGCCGGGGACGAUGGCAGCAAAUGUUGGCAUGCAGGAGGUUGGAGAAUUAAGGGGAAUGUAUUAUUACUGCUACCAAGUGACUCCUCGCUCUAUUAAACAUCAGUAACUUUCCACACCUGGAUGUUCAUGAACCCGAAUGAAUAAAUUAUUGAAAAUUAUUGUUAAAAGAGAAUCUAUGUUUUAUUCCUGACUCAAUUAUGCCAACUAAUUCACUUUACAGAAAAUAUAUUUAGGUCUCACUCUCAACCAUGGUCUCAGGUUUUUACGUGGUAACUGCUGCCAUCUAGUGGCCAGCAGACCAACCCAUUUAGGAUGCCAGAAAGAGAUCUCGGUGUUCUCAAGAUGAAAUAACGAAAGUGGUCAAAAAGACAGAAACAACUUUAAUUUCACGUAGGUUGAGAAAACAGAUUGAACUGCCUUAUUUUCUGAAGUUCUGUCCCUCAAAAAUAAUAUCAUACCAUAUUGAGAUUGUUCAAUUGUUAUUAUAAAUCAGUAUCAUUAAGUACAUAUUUCAACAUUGGUUAAAUCAUUUGUCUUUAUUGCUCCCACCAAGUAUUCAUGUCUUUACCAUAUAUUAUUUAAUGUAAGGAAAUUAAAAAUGAAAAAAUCUCGUAAGUUUUAUGUUCUGUCCAAAAAGAGAUUGUAAUUGUGUAUUUUAUUUGUUAAAGUAUAUAGUACAUAUCGUUUCUCGCUUCAUUUGUAUUUGAAAUAAAUCACUUCUGACACAAGUACACUUAAUCUGUUUAUACAAAUAAGAAAAGAUUAAACCCACAACAAACGUACUAUUUUAAACUGAUUGAAAAAAAGUGGCCUCAAUUCAACCCACAUCCCACUAAAUGAGUAAUAAUGCAGUGCCAAAUAGUCGUGUACAGUCACAGUGCACAAUACAUUUUAAAAUAUAGACUUGUGUCCU